UUCUCCUCAUCAUCUGACCUAAUCACAGUGAUCGCACACAGCAUGAAGCCGAUACUGCUGCUCUUUCUCGUCUCCGCGCUCCUCUUAUCCGCUGCGGUGCCGACGGCGUCGGUAACCUGCAACCCCCUGGAGCUCAGCCCGUGCUCGUCGGCGGUCCUGUCGGGGGCUCGGCCGUCGGCCGCCUGCUGCGCCAAGUUGAAGGAACAGCAGCCUUGCUUUUGUCAGUACAAGAAGAACCCGAGCUUGAAGGACUACGUCAACUCCGACAACGGUAAGAAGGCACUUAAAGCUUGCGGGGUGCCCAUACCCAGCUGCUGAAUGCUUCAAGAGUGACCAUCUUCUCCGUGGGGAGCGUGAUCGCCAUCCAUGCAGAUCCUUCCAUGCCUGCGCUGUGCUAUGUGUGUACAAUAAGCUAGACAUUGACCAAUGUCUAGAGACUUAAUGCUGUUCUUCCUACUACCUUUCUAAGUGGUGACACUUUUAAUUCGAAGGAUCUUUAAAUGCUUA